AUGUGUGUCUCAAGACUAGCCCAGAUUUUAUAUGGUGUAGGCACCCUUGUAGCUAUGGGACUUAUCUUAGCCUCAGCCUUGACCCCUGGCUGGAAAACAAUUCACAUGCCCAAUAGUACCUCCGAAAUCAACACAGGUCUGUUCAAGUUUGCUUGUACAGCACCUGAGAACUCGACUAUGAACGAUAUUAUUAAGGAUGGCAACUCGACUGACAUUGAGAAAUACUGUGAGGAGUGGUGGAAUGUAGGUUUAUAUUGUUAUUUAUUUAAAGACUUUUAAGUUCAUAACAAUAAAACAAACUUUAUAACUUUUUUCAUGACUCAUAGGGGCAAAUUUACUAUGUUUCUAUAUAUGUUUGUGUCUUUUGAGUAUGAACUAUUAGGUAUCCUAACUAUAAACUUCCGCUGACUUUUACAAGUUAUAACUUUUUUGAAAAUUAAUAUUAUUUGACGGGAUUUGAUUUGUUUUGUAGCUUGUUGCAAUGCAAAUCGAACGAUAUAUAAUACUUGUCUGUUUGUCUUUGUCUACUUGGAAAAAUCUGGCUAAAACGUGACUGAGCCCAGUUUGGAGGUGCGAUAUCGCAUGCGACUAUGAAUAUAAACAAGGUAAAAGUGCUAUUGGAUGCCAUCGUACGUUUGCAGAAGUUUUUAGAGAAGACGUUAUAAGUGUUAGACAUUGCAGACGUGGUUUUCAAAGUUUCAUACUGUGAACCUUGACCUUAUGGACAAACAACACAAACGAGGUCAUGAAGUGGCAGAUGCCAUCAACUGAUUAAGCUAAAUACUAAUUUAGCAACAGUGGAGUUGUCGCAUAUCCUUCCUUGUACCUCGCAAACCAUCGCCAAUCAUCUUCACAAACUAGGAAAGCUCAACAAAAGUGGCAGGCGGGUGCUCCACGAGCUCAGUGAUUCCAAAAUGGCGACAAGGAUCAAUACUUGUGAUAUUUUGUUUCGCUUGUUCAAAACCCGAGGUUUUUUUCAACCAAUUAUUACUUCGGAUGAAAGCUGGAUACUGUACGAUAUAAAGAAGGUCAAAAGACAAUAGAUUGAUAUUGGUUCAAAAGCUGUAUCUACUCCGAAACCUGACCUUCAUGGUAAACAAAACCUUGCGUUGCGUAUGGUGGUCAACAACAGGAAUUGUGUACUACGGGUUUCUGAAACCUGGAUAAAUAAUUACGACAGAUGUCUACAAUGAACAAUUGAAACGAAUCAACCAUGCUCUCUACUUUCUGGGUAUUGAUAUUUCCACUGUGAAACUUUGACAAGAUGCCGCUCGAACUCAUAGUGCGAAGAUGACGUCAUAAGUUCUUGGUGAAUUGAGCUGGACUGUAAUGCCUAUACCGCCCUACAGUCCCGACAUUGCUCCUUCUGAUUAUCAUGUAUUUAGAAGGCUGAAAGGUCGCAUUGCUGGAAUCCAUUUCAAAAAUGGCGCUGAAGUCAUGUUAUAGGUUGAAGAUUUCUUUAAGACACAGCUGAGGUAGUUCCACAGUUCUGGCAUUCACGUUUUGAAGGAACGUUGUAGAGAAGGCAUAGACAAUGUUAGAGUAUAUAUCUCAGAAUAAUUAGUUUUGUUUCGGUUGUUAUAAUAAAAAUAAGUUUGUUAAAAAAUGGAAGUUUAUAGUUAGGAUACCUAAUAAAAGUUUUAUAUUUCAUAAACUUUUUUAUGUUAAGCAUUUUUUAUUUCAUAUAAUGAAUACUUUUUUACAUUGGUAAUUGAGUACUUUUCUUUCAGAACCAGCCAACAUGGGAGAAGAUAGUAAUCGGCUCAUUCAUAGCUGCACUCAUGCUACAUACGAUCGCUCUGAUACUAAACCUAAUCACAUGUUGUUGUGUAUGUGGUCGAGAAUAUCUUUUACGUUUUCUGGGAGUACUGUCAUUUAUUGCGUUUGUACUUUUAACAACAGGAUUAACAAUAUUUGGAGUUCGAAACAAGGACAGUUUGGGUGAGUUUGGCUAUGAUAACAUUGAUUUUUGAGGGAAAUUCGUGGUUUUUUAUAGAAAAAGAAACGGUUUAGCUUUUUUAAACAUUCUUACUGUAAUUUUGUUAGUUUUGUCAGGUAUUAAAGUUCAAAAGUUCUCGGACAAUUUUAAUGUAAAACUGAAAAAAAACUUCAGUCGAAAGACUUUAGAAGCCUUUUUAGUAAUACAACUUAUUAUAUAAUGUUCCUCGAAAGUGAUGACUAUAUUAGCCUUCUGAAUUCUUUUUACUUUCAGGAGAUAACCUCAAAAACUUCGACCAAAACGAGAUCAGCUACAGUUUCUACCUUGGAGUGGGGGCUGCUGCGUUAAGUCUUAUCAAUGCUAUUCUUGGUGCUAUUUCAGCAUCAUGUGCAAAACUGGGGUGUUGUUUUUGA